AAUUUGAAGCUGAUCUAAACUUAGCAACUACUACUAGACCUCAUCAUCCUCAACGUUCCAGGCAGACGACAUAGAAUCCCCACCCGCUCCGCUCCAGUAAAAACAAAAAGAACAACAACAAAUUUGUUGUAAAUACAGGCAGUCAGAGAUUUUUUAAUGACGUAACAACCUGCUGUUCGGUGUCUGUGCGAGGUAGUAGCAGAAAAGUCCAAAAAGAAACUCAAUUAAGCAACAGUUAAAUUAAGUAGGUUUCAAGUUCAAGGCUGACAGUAACGUUGCAGACUCAUUGAAGUUAAAACACUUGCACACAAAGUCAUUGUCCUUGGCGUAGCAUCACUUAAGCAGCGUUAGCAGCAGCGUAACAUAAAAUCGUUUAAAUUUAAUUAACAGCAACAACAAAAAACAAAAAUGUCAUUAUCAUUUGAGGCUGCCUCCAACGAAGGACCCGGCUAUGUGGGCAUACGUUUCUGUCAGGAAUGCAACAACAUGUUGUAUCCCAAAGAGGAUAAAGACAGCAAGAUUUUGAUGUAUGCCUGCCGGAAUUGUGAUUAUCGCCAGGAAGCCGAUUCUAAUUGCAUUUAUGUUAACAAAAUUAUGCACGAAAUCGAUGAAUUGACUCAUAUUUGUCCGGAUGUUAUCUCGGAUCCCACUUUGCCACGCACUGAAGAUCAUGAGUGCCCCAAGUGCGGUCAUCGUGAGUCGGUAUUUUUCCAGGCUCAAACCCGACGCGCUGAAGAGGAAAUGAGAUUGUACUAUGUUUGUACAAAUCAAAAUUGCACUCAUCGUUGGACUGAGUAGACGAUGGGCGAUAGUAAGGGGAGGAAAUGUGAAUUUAAUGGUUUUAUUGGGUUAAGAUUUUUUAACAAGUUUAAGUU